AUGGGUAACAAGAUACAACAAUCUCCACUUGAUCAAAAUAUUUUGGAUAAAUUAAUGGAAGAAACAGGUUUAGAACGCGAAGUUAUUAUUGCAUGGAGAAAGCAAUUUUUAUUGUCAUCUCCAUCGGGUAAAAUGGGGCGGAAAGAUUUUUUCAAAUUCUACCGUUCGUUACGUGUCGAAUCCGAUGAUAAAGUUAAAGAAAUUGCUAACUUUGUUUUUACAGCAUUUGAUCGCGAUUCGAAUGGAAAAAUCGAUUUUACAGAAUUUCUUUGUGGCUAUACGAUAACAUCAUUGGGUACAAUGCGACAAAAAUUAGAUUAUGUAUUUGCAAUUUACGAUAAUGACAAAAAUAAUUCAAUCGAUAGAAAAGAAAUGAUCAGAGUUAUAUCAGCUAUGUAUAGUUUAUUAGGAAAACCAAACGAUGAUUAUCCACCGGAACGUUUUACUGACGAUGUAUUUUCAUUGUUUGAUACUAAUAAGGAUCGUGCAUUAACCAAAGACGAAUUUAUUGAAGGUGUUAUGAAAAAUCCGUAUCUUUCUGAUAUUAUUUCACCCUUUAAUGAAUAA